AUGGGAAAACUUGAAAAUGCUUCCUGGAUCCACGAUCCUCUCCUGAAGUACCUGAACAGCACAGAGGAGUACCUGGCUCAUGUCUGUGGACCCCGGCGCAGCCACCUCUCCCUCCCGGUGUCUGUGGUCUAUGCGCUGAUCUUCGUGGUGGGGGUGAUGGGCAAUCUUCUGGUGUGCCUGGUGAUCCUCCGACAUCAGACCUUGAAGACACCCACCAACUACUACCUCUUCAGCCUUGCUAUCUCAGACCUGCUAGUCCUGCUAUUUGGGAUGCCUCUGGAGGUCUAUGAGAUGUGGCACAAUUACCCCUUCCUGUUCGGGCCGGUGGGCUGCUACUUCAAGACCGCCCUCUUCGAGACUGUGUGCUUUGCCUCCAUUCUUAGCGUCACCACAGUUAGCAUAGAACGCUAUGUGGCCAUCGUCCACCCGUUCCGAGCCAAGCUGGAGUGCACGCGGCGGCGGGCCCUCAGGAUCCUCAGCCUCGUCUGGGGCUUCUCGGUGGUCUUUUCUUUGCCCAACACCAGCAUCCAUGGCAUCGAGUUCCAGUACUUUCCCAAUGGGUCCUCCGUGCCCGGCUCUGCCACCUGCACAGUCACCAAGCCCAUGUGGGUGUACAACUCCAUCAUCCAAGCCACCUCAUUCCUCUUCUACGUCCUCCCGAUGACCCUCAUCAGCAUCCUCUACUACCUCAUGGGGCUCAGACUGAAGAGAGAUGAAUCCCUUGAGGCAGACAAACUGGCUGUGAGCAUUCACAGACCCUCCAGAAAGUCAGUCACCAAGAUGCUGUUUGUCUUGGUCCUCGUGUUUGCUAUCUGCUGGACCCCCUUCCAUGUGGACCGGCUCUUCUUCAGCUUUGUGGAGGAGUGGACUGAGUCCCUGGCUGCUGUGUUCAAUCUCAUCCAUGUGAUAUCAGGUGUCUUCUUCUAUCUGAGCUCAGCCGUCAACCCCGUUAUCUACAACCUCUUGUCAAGACGCUUCCGGGCAGCCUUCCGGAAUGUCGUCUCUUCUUCCUGCAAGUGGUGCCGCUCCCAGGAUCUCCCACCAGGACCGCCAGCCCAGAAGAUCAUCUUCUUGACAGAAUGCCACCUUGUGGAGUUGACAGAGGAUACAGGUCCCCAGUUCCCCCGUCAGUCAUCCAUCUCACACCUCUCCACAGCUCCCUGUGCUGGACAGGUAUCAUGA